UAUGUCAUUUAAUCAAUAUGUCAUUUAGUCCACAACAUGUAUUAAUCUAGGGUCUCCCGAGUGGUGCAGUGGUCUAAGGCACUGCAUCUCAGUACUAGAGGCGUCACUACAGACACUCUGGUUCGAUUCCAGGCUGUAUCACAGCGGUCUAAGGCACUGCAUCUCAGUGCUUGAGGCGUCACUACAGGCACCCUGGUUCGAUUCCAGGCUGUAUCACAACCGGCCGUGAUUGGGAGUCCCAUAGGGCGGUGUACAAUUGGCCCAGCGUCGUCCCGGGUUUGGCCGGUGUAGGCCGUCGUUGUAAAUAAGAAUUUGUUCUUUAACUGACUUGCGUAGUGAAAUAAAAUUCAACACAGUAAUAAUUAAGGCAAUGACAACAUGGUUACUGGGCUUAGGAUACAGAUAGGCAGCUGUGUUACUACCGAUAUACAAUGUUAGAUCUACGCUGAUUAUGCACGUUCUAUGACUUCUAUUUCUAUUGUAGCGACCUUUAAUCCCAACACCUAGCAACCUCGUCAAGAGCUUUGGAUCUCUUGGUGUAACAGCUAAGGUGUUGGGUUGACAGACGCUGGACCUGGGUUCGAGUCCCGGUCAGGACUAAUCCCAACAACUAGCAACCUCGUCAAGAGCUUUGGAUCUCUUGGUGUAACAGCUAAGGUGUUGGGUUGACAGACGCUGGACCUGGGUUCGAGUCCCUGUCAGGACUACCCCCCCAGAGUUAGCUAUACCAUAACCCACCCCCUUCCUUUUUCUCCUCUCAGAUCCAAAGUUAGAGGACCAUGGGAGGUGCGGUGGUGGACGAGGGACCUGGGGGGGUGAAGGCACCAGACGGGGGGUGGGGCUGGGCUGUGCUGUCCGGCUGUUUCGUCAUCACUGGGUUCUCCUACGCCUUCCCCAAGGCUGUCAGCGUGUUCUUCAAGGAGCUGAUCAGAGAGUUCGACGUGGGGUACAGCGACACAGCAUGGAUCUCAUCUAUACUGCUGGCUAUGCUGUACGGCACAGGUCCUCUGUGCAGUGUGUUGGUGAAUCUACCUGUCUACUAG